AUGAAGGGCUCCCGGGCCGUCAGCGGCCCGCCUGGCCCGCACACAGGCAGCCUGGAAGCCUUGGAUCUGAGCCUGACGGGGCUCCCCCCGCCCGUGUCGUGGCGCCCCAGCAGCGCCUCUGCCGCCAAGCCCAUCACUCGCUCCAUCUCUGUGGUCGCGGGCAGCGAGCCGAGGAGGAAGGCGCUGGAGGCUGCAGCCGGGGGCCCCAGGGCCAUCAACAACCUCCGCAGAUCCAGCAGCGCCACCCAGGUCCACCGGCCGCAGGCCAGGCAGGCGUGGGCUGGCCCCCUCAGUCCGGCGGAGCCUCCCGACUUCCUGGCGCUCGUUGAGGGCAGCCCCGGCAGGAGAAGGCCGGCCGGCCUGAGCAAAGCUUCCAGCGAGACGGGGGCCUCGUGGAACGUCUUGGAUGAGCAGCCCAGGGCCUUGACCUUGCCGCCCGACGCCCGGAGUCCCAGCGCCCUGGACGUGCCGGCGGGCCCACGGCGGAGAGAGCGCACCAUUCCCUUGGCACCCAGCUUCACUGCCAACAACAGGAGCAGCAAGGCGGCUGUGGGCAACUGCGUCACCGCCAUGGUGCACAACCGGUACGCGCCCCCGGACGCGGCGCCCCCCAAGAGUUCCAACCGCACAGCCCCGUCUCUCAACAACCUCGUCAAGGCGGCCGCCGGCGAGGGCGAGGGCGAGGGCGGCAGCUCGGGGAAGCCGCAGAAGAACUUUGCCAGCAGCCGACCCGUGGCCCGGAACGACACAGGGGCCCCCGAGGGCCUGCCCAGGCGGAGGGAGGUGACCGAGGAGGAGGCCGAGAGGUUUAUCCACCAGGUGAGCCAGGCCGCCACCACCAUCCAGCGCUGGUACCGGCGCCAGGCGCAGCGGCGCAGAGCCCCGGCCGCCAGCCUGGAGCACCUGCUGGUGUCCAGGCGAGAGGGCAGAGAAAUGGCAGCUUGGGGGACCCGUGGGGGCGCAUGGAAGCCCACCUCCAGAUCAGCAACCCCGCCUCCCCGGCGGCCAGCGGAGGGGGACCUGCUGGGCCCACACCGACAGGAGGCGGCGGCCAGGAGGAAGGCCCGGGAGGGGAAGGCGCGCCAGGCCCGCCAGGCAGCUAUUCAGGAGCUACAGCAGAAGCGAGCCCAGAAGGCAGGCGCCGCCGGGCCUGGGCUGCUGAAGGGGCCCUGGGAGGCGGGGACACCUCGGACAGGCCAGGACCCACCACUGCAGCUGGAAGACGGUGCUCAGCAGCCGCCUCGGACCCCUAAGGCCAACAAAGCUGGGACCAGCCUCUGCACCGCAGGCCUGGAGGACCCCGGCCAGCCCGUCCCCGACUCCUCCCCAGAGCCCCGGCAGCUCCCAGAGGACAAGGCGCAGGACACCGGCUCCCGGGACGUGGUUGGUGAGGCCCUGGAGACCGGGGGCCCAGCCAGGAGCACGGCUGAGUUCAGGUCGACCCUGGAGGAGCUGCUGGACACCCUGAAGCUGCUGGAGGAGGAGCCGGAGCCACUGCCCCGCCCUAGGGCCUAUCGCAAGGACAGAUACGCCUGGACUGGCGAGGAGGAGGACGCCAGCGCCUUGACAGCUGGCGACCCGGAGAAGCUCGGGGAGCUGGGCACACCCGCCAGGCCCCCCGAGGCCGGGACGCUGCUCUCGGAGGCCAAGCUGCAGAGCCUCGUGAGCUUCCUGGACGAGAUGGAGAGGUCAGGGCAGCACCGGCCGGCUGCCGCCCCACAGGGGCUCCUGCCGGAGGAGGGCCCGGGGCGCCCGGAGUCUGCGUCCGAGGUGAGCGCGCCCGAGCUGCGGCCGGAGCCGGAGGUGGAAGAGACGAGGCGGGCGCUGGUGCUGCUGCAGAGGGCGCUGGCACAGCAGCGGGACCUCACCGUCCGGAGGGUCAAGGAGACAGAGAAGGAGCUGGGGCGGCAGCUGCGGCAGCAGAGGGAGCACUAUGAGGCCACCAUCCAGCGGCACCUGUCCUUCAUCGACCAGCUGAUUGAAGACAAGAAGGCCCUAGGGGAGAAGUGCGAGGCCAUGGUGGCCGAGCUGAAGCAGGGGGACCAGCGGCGCAGGGACAGGGAGGCCCAGCUGCAGGAGCAGCACGUGCUGGAGAUGAAGAAGCUCCGAGAGCUGAUGAGUGCCACCGAGAGGGUGCGCAGGGAGAAGUGGAUGAGCGAGAAGACGCGGAGGAUCAAGGAGAUCACCGUCAGAGGCCUGGAGCCCGAGAUCCAGAAGCUGAUCGCCAAGCACAAGCAGGAGGUGAAGAGGCUGCGUAGCGUGCACGCGGCCGAGCUGCUGCAGGCGGAUGAGCGGGCAGCCCAGCGCUACGGGCGCCAGGCCGAGACCCUGCGGGAGCAGCUGGAGCAGGAGAAGGAGGCGCUGGCCCGGCAGGAGCGCGAGCGCGCCCAGCGGCGCUUUGAGCAGCAGCUGGAGCAGGAGCAGCGGGACCUGCAGCAGCUGCGCCGGCGGCUCUAUAGCGAGGUGGCGGAGGAGAAAGAGCGGCUGGGCCAGCAGGCCGCCAGGCAGCGAGCAGAGCUGGAGGAGCUGCGGAGGCAGCUGGAAGAGGACAGCGCGGCCCAGGGCCGCGCCCUGAGAGCCGAGUGCGAGAAGGGCCGGGAGGCGCUGGAGCGCAGGCACCAGGUGGAGCUGCAGGCCCUGAGGGACCAGCUGGAGGCGGAGAGGCGGGCGUGGGAGGCCGACUGCGCCAAGAAGGAGGAGGCGUGGCUGCUGAACCGGGAACGGGAGCUGAAGGAGGAGAUCCGGAGGGACCGGGACAAGGACAUCGAGCGGGUCAUCCGCCAGCUGGAGGCAGACACGACGCUGGCCAGGGAGGAGAGCGAGAGGGCCGCCGAGAGCCGCGUCCAGCGCGUCCGCGACACGUACGAGGCCGAGCUCUCAGCGCUGGGGCAGUCGGAGCGCAAGCUGCAGGUCCAGUGCGCGGAGCUGAGGGGGCGGCUGGCGGAGGCCGAGGGCGAGGCCGCGCACCUGCAGGGCCUGGUGCGGCAGAAGGACAGGGCCCUGGCCGCGGCGAAGGCGGAGAGCGAGCAGCUGGCCAGUGCGGGGAGCGGCCUGGCCCAGGGCCUCCGCCAGGAGCUUGCAGACCGGCUGGCGGCCGCGGAGGAAGAGAACCGGCGGGUCCGGGCUGAGCUGGAACAGCUGAGGCGGGAGAAGCAGGCGGAGCUGGAGGACGUGCACGGGAGGGUGAAGGCGGCCCUGGCGAAGAAGGAGGAGGCCGUGAGCAGCCUGCGGAAGCAGCACGAGGCCGCGGUGAAGCGGGCUGACCACCUGGAGGAGCUCCUGGAGCAGCGCAGGCGGCCGCUGCGGAGCGCCAAGUGACCCCGCCGCCCAGCGACCCCAGCACCCGAGGCGCCAGGUGGCGGC